ACGGCUUCUGGCGUCCUUCCCUCUCAGGGUAGCUCCAGCUGUCCUUCCCGCAGUUGGCCCUGUGGUGUUCCGAAGCCGGUUACGUACGGCCUGAGGGCCAGGCGAACCUCAGGCUCUUUGUCCUGCUAAAAAGCGCAGGUAUUUUCUGUUUCUCUGGACAGCUGGGUCUCUCGGCAAGAAUAGAAAGCAAAGCACAAUGGUAGAAGCAGAUCAUCCUGGCAAGCUUUUCAUUGGUGGCCUCAAUAGAGAAACCAAUGAGAAGAUGCUUAAAGCAGUGUUUGGGAAACAUGGUCCCAUAUCAGAAGUUCUUUUGAUAAAGGAUCAAACCAGCAAAUCCAGAGGCUUUGCCUUUAUUACUUUUGAGAACCCUGCAGAUGCUAAGAAUGCUGCCAAAGAUAUGAAUGGAAAGUCUUUGGAUGGAAAAGCAAUAAAAGUAGAACAAGCCAAGAAACCAUCUUUUCAAAGUGGUGGUAGGCGGAGACCACCAGCUUCUUCGAGAAACAGAAGCCCUUCAGGAAGUCUGAGAUCUGCAAGAGGAAGCAGUGGAGGAAAAAGAGGGUGGCUUCCCUCACAUGAAGGACACCUGGAUGAUGGUGGAUACACUCCUGAUCUCAAGAUGAGUUAUUCUAGGGGACUCAUUCCAGUUAAAAGGGGUCCAUCUUCAAGAAGUGGAGGUCCUCCUCCGAAAAAAUCUGCUCCUUCUGCUGUGGCAAGUAGCAAUAGUGGGAUGGGAAGCCAAGGUCCCAUGUCACAAAGAAGAGAGAAUUAUGGAGUUCCUCCACGCAGAGCGACAGUAUCUUCCUGGAGAAAUGAUCAUAUGUCACCAAGAGAUGAUGGUUAUGCAACUAACGAUGGAAAUCAUCCAAGUUGCCAAGAAACGAGGGAUUAUGCUCCACCAUCUAGAGGCUAUGCAUACCGUGAUAAUGGUCAUUCUAAUCGGGAUGAACAUUCCUCUAGAGGAUAUAGAAAUCAUCGAAGUUCCCGAGAAACUAGGGAUUAUGCUCCACCAUCUAGAGGCCAUGCAUACCGUGAUUAUGGUCAUUCUCGACGGUAUGAAAGUUAUUCUAGAGGAUAUAGAAAUCAUCCAAGUUCCCGAGAAACCAGGGAUUAUACUUCACCACCUAGAGACUAUGCAUACCGUGAUUAUGGUCAUUCUAGUUGGGAUGAACAUUCCUCUAGAGGAUAUAGUUAUCAUGAUGGCUACGGUGAGGCCCUUGGUAGAGAUCAUUCUGAACAUCUAAGUGGAAGUUCUUAUAGAGAUGCAUUUCCGAGAUACGGGACCUCUCAUGGUGCACCACCUGCACGAGGACCUCGGAUGUCUUAUGGUGGAAGCACCUGCCAUGCAUAUAGUAAUACACGAGAUAGAUAUGGCAGAAGUUGGGAGAGUUACUCAAGGAGCUGUGGUGAUUUUCAUUAUUGUGAUCGUGAGCAUGUUUGCAGAAAAGACCAAAGGAAUCCGCCUUCUCUGGGUAGGGUGCUCCCUGAUCCUCGUGAAGCAUAUGGUAGCUCAAGUUAUGUGGCAUCUAUAGCAGAUGGUGGGGAGCGUCGAUCUGAAAAAGGAGACUCGAGCAGAUAUUAAAGCAAGCAUUCAAAAUAAUAGUUAUUGCAUACCAAACCUUGUUUGCAAAUCAAAAAUUGAAAUGUUAUUUCUGCAUCGUUACCUGCAUAUUACUAAAAGAAACAUGUUGGUUUUGUGGAGAGAGGUAGAUACUAACUUCCUCCAUGAAUUUUUUGAGGUAUUCAAAGGAAAAGGAAUUGUUUUCAAAGUAAUUUCAUACUUGUUGAUGCUAUUUGAAAAGUGUUUAGAUGUAAUAUCUGCCUUAAAAUUUUCACAAUAAAAUUUUACAUGUACUGCAA